AAGAACAGGGUUGGAUUUGCAGAACCGUGUUGCCAAACAAGGUUUUUGCGUAGGCCAGGUUGAUCCUCAGCAAAAGGAGAGAGGCCGCAAAAAAGGAAAGCCCCAAAUGGCCGAGCGUUUGUCCCUACAACUGACACUUCCAUCGCAUUCAUCCCCUGUGGCUUCUGCUUCGAAAAACUCAAUUUCACCCAAAUCCAUGGCUGCUACUGUUUUUGGAACCGCCGCCGCCGCCGCUUCCUCCGCCUCAUCAACCACUCGUCUCCUCUCCUCAGCCACCAGAGCUACACUAUCUUUCUCUUCACGUUCACCAUCCCUCCUCUCUCGCUCUUCGUCGUCCUCCUCUUUCAACUUCCUCCGAUCGUCUCCUCUCAUUUCUCACCUAUUUCUCAACCAGGGAGGGCCGAGUUCUUGUGUAUCAAAUAGAGGAUUCAGUGCGGCGUCUAAUCCGAAAUGCCUGGCAUCGGACCCUGAGCAGUUGAAGAGUGCUAGAGAAGACAUCAAGCAGCUACUGAAAACCACAUUCUGUCAUCCUAUUUUGGUCCGGCUAGGUUGGCACGAUGCUGGAACUUACAAUAAAGAUAUUGAGGAAUGGCCGCAGAGAGGUGGAGCUAAUGGAAGUUUAAGAUUUGAUGUUGAGCUGGGCCAUGGUGCUAAUGCUGGUCUUGUUAAUGCCUUGAAACUCAUUGAGCCUAUCAAAAAGAAGUAUUCUAACGUGACAUAUGCAGACCUAUUUCAGCUGGCCAGUGCUACAGCUAUCGAGGAGGCUGGAGGACCCAAAAUCCCCAUGAAGUAUGGAAGGAUGGAUGUUGUAGGGCCGGAGCAAUGCCCUGAAGAGGGGAGGCUUCCUGAUGCUGGUCCUCCAUCACCUGCUGCACAUCUACGAGAUGUUUUCUACAGAAUGGGGUUGAAUGACAAGGAAAUAGUUGCAUUAUCUGGGGCACACACGUUAGGGAGAGCUAGGCCAGAACGCAGUGGUUGGGGAAAGCCAGAGACCAAAUAUACGAAAGAUGGACCCGGUGCACCUGGUGGACAAUCCUGGACCGCACAAUGGUUGAAGUUUGACAACUCAUAUUUUAAGGAUAUCAAGGAAAGGACAGAUGAAGAAUUACUGGUGUUGCCAACUGAUGCUGUUCUCUUUGAAGAUCCAGCAUUCAAGGUUUAUGCUGAAAAAUAUGUUGAAGAUCAAGAAGCAUUCUUCAAAGACUAUGCUGAAGCCCAUGCCAAACUCAGCAACCUUGGUGCUAAAUUUGACCCUCCAGAGGGUAUUGUGCUUGAUGAUGCAUCUUCGAAACCUGCAGGAGAGAAGUUUGAGGCCGCCAAAUACUCAUAUGGAAAGAGAGAGCUAUCAGACUCAAUGAAGCAGAAGAUUCGGGAAGAAUAUGAAGCUUUUGGUGGAAGUCCAGAUAAGCCUUUACCAACAAACUACUUCCUUAAUAUCAUUGUUGUGAUUGCUGUUUUGGCAAUUUUGACAUCCUUGCUUGGAAACUAAUUUGAGUUUUUUAAUCUAUUUCUGAAAUGGUUUGUUUCUCAACAAAAUGCCUUAUAAUUUCACAAUUUGUUUCUAGUAAUUACUUUUUCAGUUCAAUAAUAUGCCGGGUGGGAAGUUCGAGCCUU